GCACGAAGAAAUAGAAAAAUAUCCUAAACUUUGUAGAGAUGAUUGAAAAGAAGAAGAAAACGAAUUCCCCUUCCUUUCUUGCUAAUGAAAUUCUUCUUCGAAUCACUGUUUUUGCGCCUCCUUCAUUUCCGGAAAAUACCCAACAAACGGAGGCAGGAUUAUUUAUGGCAGCUGUUCAAACACGUCAUCUCUCCUUCAUCAUAGACUUAUCUCAUUUCCCAAUUUAGUUCAAUUAGCUGAAUUAAUUUGUGAAUAGUAACAAUGAGUUUGGGCAAUAAAGUGUCAUCAGUUGUGUUGAUUCCGAUGCAAAUCGGUUGCAACUCUAUACGACGCAGUUUUUGUAUGUUAAAGCCUUCGCCGUUGACUUUGACAACGCUUAAACGCAGCGCUUUUGUGCCAAAAGCCCGAGCUUCCUCGACCGCCGUCGUCGAAACAAAGCCCGACCCUGUUAUGGACGAGACAAAGCUCAACAUCCGCAAGAAUAUUUUAGCUUGUCCUAUUUGCUACGAACCAGUAAUUUGGAAUGGUAAUUCCAGCUUGUCUUUGGAAUCUUCAGCUCAGUCUAGUUUGCAAUGCAGUAGCUGCAGAAAGACAUACUCUGGUAACGAGACACAUCUUGACCUGACGAUAACCGGUGGUGGAACAGUGUAUGGUGAACCUAAGGCAGCAUCUACUGAGCUUUUCAGGUUUCCUUUGGUAUCAUUUCUCUAUGAGAGGGGGUGGCGACAAAGUUUUUCUGUGUGGGGUGGUUUUCCAGGCCCAGAGAAAGAGUUUGAAUUGAUCAAAGAUUACCUCAAGCCAGUCUUAGGUGGAAAUAUUAUUGAUGCCAGUUGUGGAAGUGGAUUAUUUUCAAGACUUUUUGCCAAGAGUGGAUUAUUUUCCCUUGUUGUUGCUUUGGACUUUUCAGAGACUAUGUUGCAGCAAUGUUAUGAAUUCAUAAAGCAAGACGAUAACUUUCCAGAAGAGAACAUACUACUGGUUAGGGCUGAUAUUUCCAGGCUUCCUUUUGCUUCAAGUACGGUGGAUGCUGUGCAUGCUGGUGCGGCUUUACACUGUUGGCCUUCACCAUCGGCAGCUACAGCAGAAAUAAGUCGUGUAUUAAAACCGGGAGGGAUCUUUGUUGCUACAACGUACAUAAUCGAUGGCCCCUUUUCAUAUAUUCCCUACCGCAGACCUCUACGUCAGAACAUUGCGCUACUCUCAGGUAGUCAUAUAUUUUUAUCUGAGAAAGAACUUGAAGAUCUUUGCAUUUCUUGUGGGCUUGUCAAUUUUACAUGCACCAGGAAUGGAAGUUUCGUAAUGAUCUCGGCUGCAAAACCAAAAUGAUUAGUGGCUGUUCCCUUUGUGUUUCUUGGUGUAAUUUACUUUGUUAGAACCCUGUACGGAAUUGCUUAUAUUGAUGAUGCAUUCAGUUAAUAUUCUGUAAUAAAAUAUACAAAACACAGAAAGGAUGUACCGUUAUGUAAUAUUUUUAAAUUGGCGUUUUACAAAAUGAAGAACGAGAAAUUUACAUA